ACCAUUCCCAGCUAUUCCUCCUCGCCCGCUCCCUGUUUCUCCCUCUUUCUCUCCCUCACCUCCGUCUCCCCCCUUGUGUGCAAAGUCCUCCGCUGCUCGGAACUUGUUGGCAAUGCCUAUUUUUCAGCUUUCCCCCACGUUCUCCAAAGUAACUAUUUAAAGAUCUGCAGUCGCAAAUGGUUUUACUAAAUGUAGGAUGGGACUUAAGUUGAACGGCAGAUACAUUUCUCUGAUCCUCGCUGUACAGAUAGCCCACCUGGUGCAGGCGGUGAGAGCGGCGGGGCGGUGCGAUGCGGUCUUUCGGGGCUUCUCGGACUGUUUGCUGCGGCUGGGCGAUAACAUGGCCAACUACCCGCAGGACCUGGACGACAAGAGAAACCUGCAAACGAUCUGCGCGUACUGGGACGAUUUCCACGCCUGCACCCUCACAGCGCUCACGGAUUGCCAGGAAGGAGCGACAGACCUGUGGGAGAAACUGAGACGGGAAUCCAAAAACCUCGAUUUCCAGGGCAGUUUGUUCGAACUGUGCGGAGGCGGCAGCGGAGCAGCCCCGUCCCUGCUGCCGCCGUCGCUGCCCGUGCUGCUGGGGGCACUGGGGGCAGCUCUGGCCACCUGGGGGCUGCCCUUCUAGCGGGUCCAACGCUGCACCCGGAGAGGAGCGUCCGUCCGCGGCUUUGGGGACGUCGUGCUCGGCCGUGGUUGGUGGCGGUGGCUGAUGGUGGCGGAACACCCGUGUAGGACUGUGGAAGCGUUCUCCCUUUCUUUCCUUUCUUUUACCCUCCUCCCCCCCCUCCACCCCCCCCUCCUUUUUUUUUUUUUUUUUUUUUUUCUUUUCGUGUUUUAUUUGCCAAACGUUACCAAACAGGCAGCGGCGUGCAGCCCGAACCGGACCUCAGCUUUACUAUCGCUUCAGAUCAAAAAUAGGAGAAAAUAAUAUCUAGAGAGAUCGAGGAGCUCGAGCCCCCCCGGCGUGCACCAGAAAUCUCAGGAACGGCUCCGGGCCUCCACCCCGACCCAGCGGUGGGGCCGAGGGGAUGUCCACGCACGCAGCAUCUGGUGAAUAACUCACAGCUUCAUCUGUCCUCCACGGUCGCUUGUUUUAUGGUCAUUCCACUGCAGAAUAAUAAUAAUAAUAAAUAAGAAAAAAAAAAAACAAUAAAAA